AUGCCCUCUCCAGGAGCACGAGUGUCGCCGUGCAACGCAAGAGUCAACCACGGCUCGUCAUCCCCAGCUGGUCCAUCCGAAGGUUCUCUCUUGAUAGACGCCGCAGUUCUAGGAUACGGCGGUGGCUACUAUGACUACGACGACUUCGAAUACGAUGCGGAUGGGUACGACAGUGAGAACGACUCCUACUACAGCGAUGACUCUUGGAGCGACUCGGAUUCUCUUUCCUCCAGCGAGGCCACGGACGAGGAGUACCUGGGUGGAGGGGAACCUUAUCAAGGCACAUUCGUGGCCACGAUUGUUCCGUACGGGCAAGCAUUCGCAAACGCCGACAACAUGGGAGGAGUCGGAUUCUCUGCUUCGGAGAGCACAACUUUCGAAAUCAUCAUUGUCGACGAUGAGGGAGGCGAUGACGACCACCUCGAGACUCUCGACCUCGCCGUCUUCGUCUCUGAAGAGUCCCUCAUGGAUGAAGCCGCCAACCUCGACACCACGGAGUAUUGGGCUUCCUACGGCUCUGGUGAUCUAGACAGCGACGGGGACGAGUCUUGCAUCUCUCGAAGCGACUUCGCCAACAUUCUAUCCGAGCAGAAUUUUGUCUCCGUUGACCAAGAGGAUGACGACAUGAUCUUAUGCAACUCGUACACCUCAGAGAACGAUACACCAAUGGCAACCUCUUAUGGCACAGGGGAAUAUGGCGUGGAGUAUGCCGACGUGCCAAUCUGCGUCGAUACCCCCACCACGGCCAACGAGAAAGCCGGCGGUAACGUGUUGAAACGCAAACUUGAGAUUGAGAGCGAGGAUGAAGAAAAGCGAGCCAGGCAGAAAAGCUUCUCCUCUGUAGAGUCUUAG